AUGGACGAUGUGGGCUUGCAAGAAGAUCAUAUAGCCGUCCCGGUACACAGCUGUUGUCAUGUGAUAAGACCAAUCAGCGACUUGUUCCUUUCUAUCAGCGCUGUAUCGUGUUCGUGCUUGAACACGCAGCGGUCUGAGGACAAGGAUGAGGAGACACAGACUCAAGUGUUCGCAUGA